UCCCCGCUACUUCCAUUCAUCUCCUGCUUUCUGCUCAUUACAGUGCAGCCAUCGUGUUUGGACAGCAUACGGACGUGUAUAUGACUUUCCACUAUUACUCACACUCGUAAUUAGAUAGGACAAGGCCAACUGUCAAUCGUGCACUGUUUGUACCUUAUUUGCAGGCAAAGUGGACUUUUCAAUUAGUGUCAGUUCGCACUUCUCAAACGGAUUAACACCAAGAAGAGGCUCUUUGUGAAGCGCUGGGAUAUGCCCUAUUUAUAUUGGAAUUCGCCUCGAAUACAUGAACAGACCAUAGUGGAUUUCAUUCAACUCUGGAAUAUAAAUUAGCUGGUGAUUAGCCUUUUUUUUUGCAGUAUGACAUGUACUCAGAUUGGAUUUUUAUUGCAAGGAGAUUGCUGAUGAAAAAAGAUAUCUUUAUAUGCUUCUGAUGGAUUAUUUUCUCAGAAAUGGUACAUCGACUAGGCUACAGCAUAAGCAUCGCUACUUGUAUUGAUGCGGCUCAACUGUGAAAAACAUAGUCAGCUAUUAUACCCACAGGUGGAAGGUGCGCAUGCCUGUCGCACAAUUGUCUCGAUCGGCCGGACUUCAUUUCAGUUUUCUUUAUUAGCUGACUCUGUGUCAUACAGGGAGAGAAAAUGAUACGUAGUGUUUAACUUGGAAGUGUACACGUUGGUUUUCUGAUGAGUGUGAGCAGACAUCGUCAAGAGCGUGUGGCCUAGCUUUACACAUCCCAAGGUGUGGCUGGCUUGUCUUUGUCAGAGUUGCACUUUGCUCUCGGGGAAUCUGAAGAUGGUGUUAAACUCUGGAGAUGCUCCAAGUCAUUUCCGGCGUAUCCAUGACACGGUUCAACCGUUGCUACUGGAAAUAGCCACAUCCAGUCCGUGCACAGAUAUCACAAUCUUCUUGUGAAAAUAAACUGUUAUUGAAAGGUUUGGGAAUAGGAGUUGCAACUUGCUUUGUGCCUUUAAAGACUGGACUGAGUAUGGCUGCUAGUGCAACAGUUUUGGAGACUACAUUUAUUGGUAGUCCUGUGCCAGCUACUGCUGAAGCCCCUCUGUGUCGUUCAGAUGCUGGCCCGUCAGGAGCACAGAUUGUAGUGGAAAUUGUCAUCCUUGCUGUUGUUUCCUGUUUGGGGGUGUUCGGAAAUGCCCUCGUCAUUGCGGCUGUUGCAAUAACACCCAGCUUGUGCACAACCGCCAACUAUUUCAUUUUUGGCUUGGCAUGCGUGGAUCUGGUUAAUAGUGGCAUCCUGGCUCCAAUCUUCAUAUUCACCUUAGUGGAGGGGAAUUGGCCUCAUGAGGACACUUAUUGCAAAGUGGUUGGGUACAUGACCAUCUUCUGCCUGGCAACAUCUGAGUCGGCCUUGAUUUGCCUUGCCGGGACUCGUUACCUCAUCGUGACCAAGCCCAAGGACAUCUUUGCCCGUUACUUCAAGGCAAAAUUUGUCGUUGUGUAUAUUAUCAUAUUCCUGAUAUUCCAACUUACAAUCCUGUUCCUACCGCUGUGGUCGGACAUCGGAAAUGUCGGCUUCAGCCACGUCAACAGCCACUGCACGUUUGUGAUCUGCGACCGGAAGGACUGGUACUACCCACUGAUCCUGUUCCUGUUUUGCAUGGUCAUUAACUUGGGCAUCAUUCCCACUUUCUACUUGCUGACCUUCCGCACAGUGGCCAAGAGCAAGCGUGCAGUUAAGGCGCUGCAGGCCCUGCAGGGCACGGCCCAAGACCGGCAUGUCAUCUGUCUCAGCCCCCAGGAGGUGCAGCUGACAAAGAAGCUGCUGCUGCUGUUCCUGGUCUUCAUGGUCUGUUGGUUCCCCUACUCCAUCGCCAUCUUUGCUGACGGCUGGCAGACCGUGCCACCCCUGGUCCACCAGGUCACCAACCUCCUCAUCUGGCUGUCGGCAGGACUGAACCCGUACAUCUACGCCUUCCGGAUACGCAACUUUCGCAAGGCGUUCAGGCGUAUCUUACUACUGCCAUGGAGGAAGUGUCAUUUCCGAAGGCCUCGAGGGGCUUCAGCCAGUGAGAACUUGGGGACAAGCAUGGUAGACAGACAUGAAAGCCAUCCUUGAAUUUGAGUUCUAGGUGCAUAUACCACUCUUCAGGCAGAAGCAUUUAUUUUUGACCUUACUGUACCACACUUGUCUCUGUGGUGAAACUGAGACAUUAACAUGAAAAUUCGGAAAAUGGGAACACUCCAUGUACAUGAUAGUAAUGAUUUCUUGUUUUCAGCAAACGCACAGCUGAAAAAUGAAAACAAAUAAGCUCAAAUAUACAAGCCGCAAAAGCGGUUUGUUUUAUCUUCAUGUACUUGUACCUAGAUAGACAUGUGUAUGAAUACGCUGCCAUUUUAUCUUGGAGCAAGUCUGUGAUUGUUACAAUCACAUGCUUUUUUUUCUUCUUGAAAUGAUCGCUGACAUACUGUACAUGAACAUUUAACACCCAGAUAAUACUAACUGAAAACAAAUUUCAUUCUCUAUUAUUUGAAUGAUUGCAAUUUUUAGUCAAUUUACAAGUAUUUAGAACCUUUGUGCAAAUGCAGAUGUGAGAAGUCAAAUUUGCCAAAAAUUACAAUACAGUGACUCAGUGCAAAGAAAGUACAGACAAAUUUGCUGUUUCUCUCCCAAAUUGGUAGAGUGGACAGUUCAUUUUCCAAAGACAACAUAUUAAUGGAGAAACUGUUGAUGAAUUGGACAUAUAGCUUUUUGCCACACAAAUAUGUACUUAUGUGUACAUGCACAUUGCUGAAUACGUGUACCCCAAUGUAAAGAAAUAAAUACACUAAUGCAGUAUUUGUAAAUAGACUUGCAUGUAAAUGAUAGCAAAUAAUCAGUCUUCUGUGUAUUAUUGUUGUAAUAAACUUAAGUGCCUUGUGUCUGUAUAAAAAUCUGUGGUUCAGAGAUCACAUGUAUGUACAUGUAUUUCCAUGUUUGAAUGGGUAAACUAAUGGAGUUCAGAAGGCUGUAAAUAGGUGGUGAUGAAACCACCUGAAAUAAACCUGGUAAUCUCCAUUUUGAAGGAGUCAUCUGUAGGACCCAGACAGUGUCUGUAGAAUAUUCCAGGUAUUUUCACACGGCUGCUUGAAAUACUGCUGCACUGCUACAUGUAGUUCAGUGCACUGAGCCAUUUCAAUCACUAAGUUUGUCAUCAUUGGGCACUUGAUCAUUAUUAUUGCACAUACAUGUAUAUUAUGGUUGUUUUUGAUCUUACAUGUAUGUCUUGCUUGUCGAUUUAUGUUCAUUUGUGAGUGUACUUGAGCCUUGAACCUGUACUUGAGCCACGGCUUCUGCUUAAUGCUUCCUUAUUGCUGUCUUUGUGUACUUCCAUCAGUUUACAUUCUUUAUUUCAUGUAAUAAUUUGACACUCAAUGUUCAGUUCCUCAUUUCAUGUAAUUUACUUAUCAACUUUUCAAUGUUAUAUAAUUGUCUGCAAUAUGGAAAUAAAUGUGUUCAUGAAUGAA